AUGACUAACAUUGAAGAAAUGAAAAUGCGACUUGGUAAAGUAAUUCGACAGAAAAGAGUGGAAAUAAACAAACACUUAGACACACUUGAAAAACAGCUCAUUAAAGAUAUAGAAGAGAAGGAGUAUCAAAGUGAAGAAAGCAUUCAUAAAGUUUUAUCAUCUGUCACAGAAAAAGAAACCAUGGUAACGCAAUGUCAUACCAAUUUCAAAAGCAUCAAACAAUAUGCAUCCGAUCUUCAAACAUUUCUUGGAAUUAAAGAAAUUGAGGUUAAAGUUUAUGAAAAUGAACAGUAUCUGCAGUCAUUGAAAGAGGCACACAGUUUGGAUCACAUUGAUCUAGAGUGGAAGGAAAAUCCAUUUUUCGAAAAUAUUUUAAACAGUUUAAAAAACUUUGGAUCAAUUGAAAUGAGAACUCAAACAAGCAGCCUUGAGUUUAUUAGUUCAAAAGCUAAACAAGCACAGAAACAAGUAGUAUCAAGGAAGAAGCACAUUGACGAUGUGAAAUGGAUUCUACAGAAGGAAAUUACAACAAACGCACAACAAAUUACGGGUUGUUGUAUGUCAGAAGAUGGAUUUGUUUUCCUUACUGAUCAUUAUUUAAGAAAAUCGCUCAUCACCAUUGUAUCAGAUAACAAACUUAAACAUAAAAUGCAUUUAGGUCCUAGUAAUGGGUUUGAUAUAACACUUAUUGAUGAUAUAACUAUUGCUAUUACAUCCGGGGCAUCAAAACAGAAGGUCGGUUUUGAUAUCAUAGAUAUUAAGAAUCAACGCAAAAUGAAAUUCAUAGAACUUCGUGGUCGUACAUGGGGAAUCACGCGAUAUCACGACUCGCUGUUUGUUUGUGUAGAAGACAGUGGCAUAUACAAAAUGAAUACCUCGAACUAUACUAUAUCAUGCGUGAUCAGUUGUAUUCUUUCGUCAUUUUCCUACAUUUCUGUCUUCUCAGACAAGAUAUACUGCACUAACUGCAAUGAUCAUAGUAUUGUUUGUUAUGAUAUAAACGGAUCAUGUGUUUGGACCUUUCAAAAUAAACUUGUUUUGAAUGAACCGAGGGGCAUCGCUGUUGAUAUUAAUGGUAACGUGUAUGUUGUUGGAUUCCACUCGGAAAAUGUGGUCAUUAUAUCAAGAGAUGGAAAGCAUCACAAAGAAAUCUUGACCAAAGAUGACGGUCUUUUUUUCCCAUCUGCUAUCUUCCUUGAUAAAGAAAACAGAAAAGUUCUUGUUGCAAAUAACAGAGAAACUGCCUUCGUUUACAAUAUUUCGUGA